AGAGUAUAUUUAGAAAAAAGAAAUUACAGCUCAGUUUUAAAACGAAAGAGGGUGUUAGUGAGUUUCACAAGAAACAUGUUGUUUUCCUACCUGCAAAAUCUCAAAGCAGGCUUAUUGCCAUGGACGCAAAUUUCAUCACCGAAAGUCAUGAAGGUUUUAAUUCAACUAACCCUAUCUGGGACAAUUUUUGUUUUAUUGCUAUUGUAUUCCCCGACGCUACUGGACUGGGAGCCUAAAGCCUACAGUAUACCUUUCCCUGCUUUCAAUGGACCUUUAGCAGAGAAUUAUAAGCUUAGUGCAGCGGAAGAGUUGUUCAAAGGAGUUCUUCAUGGGCCAGAAUCUAUAGUAUUCCACAAAGGAGACAUGUACACAGGAUUGGAAGAUGGACGAAUCGUGAAAAUACAAGGCGACAAAAUUACGACUAUGGCUCAAACCGGUCGGCAAUGCAUUAUGCCAUAUGAAGAGAGAUUAUGUGGCCGACCUUUAGGGUUAAGGAUAGGCAAGGAUGGACUUUUGUACGUGAUUGACGCAUAUUACGGCAUUUUCACAAUGAACUUCACUACAGGUGCUUUAACCAAAAUACUUGCUAGUUCAGUUCAAGUGGAAGGGCAGAAAUUGAAUUUUCCGGAUGAUCUUGAUCUCGAUGACGAAGGAAACAUUUAUUUCUCAGAUGCAAGCACGAAGUGGGACCUUUCGACGAUUUAUUUUCUCAUGACUGAAUACGAAGGCGGUGGUCGCAUCAUUCGGUACAACAUGAAUACUGGUGAAACUGAAGUUUUGCUAAGAAAUCUUUAUUUCCCGAACGGUGUUCAGCUCUCCAAAGACAAGAAAUCUCUUCUCAUUUGUGAGAUAUCAAACAGAAGAAUACUAAGGUACAAUCUCAAAGGACCCAAGAAGGGAAAAUUGGAAGUUUUUGCCGAUGUCCUGCCAGCAGAGCCAGAUAACAUCCGACCGAGUCCUCGAGGAUAUUGGGUUGGAUUUACUUCUGCCCGAAACAGCACAAAUGCUUUAUUCAUGGAUAAACUGAAUGCGUAUCCUCUGAUAAAGUUCAUCUGGGGUCGUGCACAUCAUGCCGCCGGAACUUUCCUUACUGUUCUUGCCGAUUUAUCCACCGUUCCUGCAUUCAAGGAGUUUGCUUAUAGGUACAAACGAGGAGAUUACGUACUACCACUUCUCAGGCGUCACGGCAUCAUAAUAGAAUUCGACGAAAAUGGAAAAAUGUUAAGGAGCCUCCACUCCCCAGAUGGCAAGAUUAGCGAUCUGUCACAGGUUACAGAGCAUGAAGGGUACCUAUACCUUGGAUCUUUCAUAAACGAUUACUUGGGCAAGCUGAAGCUAUGAACUGUUUUUUAAUCGGAUCGACCAUUUUUAAUUUAUUAAACUGUGAUUUUAUUGUUAAUGAUUGUUGUGACGAUGCAUGAUGUGAUAAUUUUUAAACUGAAGGACAUCGCUGUUACGCGUGAGCUUUUAAGCGCAUAAUUUUUUUUCUGUGCAGUGAAACUGUUUUUAUUUUCGUAUUUAUUGAAAUGUUUUUAGAUGUUUGUAUACAGUUAAAGUUUUUACUCAAGUUUAACUUUUAUAUUUCUGGUUCCGGGAACCUCAUUAACAGAAACAACGAAAUCUGUAUAAAGAAUUCAUUAAGAGACGCAAUGAAUCUGUACAAAGAAACUUUUCAAAUGUCUUGAUGUUUUAACCACGGUUUCUAAAUAUUGAUGUUUUAAUGCCACAAGCACCUGAAUUGCAACACUUGUCCAUAAUUGCUGUUUUGUAAAACAUCGUGUUUGUACAGUUUCUGAAGAAUAAAACAAAU